GGAUCCGUCCUCCCAUCUCCAGCUAGGGCUGCACUGCUGCGCGUGCGCUAGGGGUCGCACGGAGUCACGCGCCGCCGGCCGCUUCCGGUGCGCCGCGAGGGCCGCUGGGAAGGGUCUCCCUGGCGAUCCGUGGUGUGCUGCUGCUGCCGCCUGUGCCACCACUGAGUCGGUGUCGCAGCGACGCUUGUGUCCUUGCUGUCUUCCUCGGGCUCCCCGGGGCUUGAUCCCCGGGGCCCUUGGCAGGUGUGGUGAGGAGCCCGUGGAGCGAGCCUGUGCUCUUACACUCUCCCUUCACGACUCCAUAUCGCAACUCUGAGAAGAGCGAGAGGGGUUGUCGCGACUCCGCGCCGUGUGUCGCCGGGCGGGGCCGCGGGGCCGGGGCUCCUCCAGCCCCCGGGAUGCGUGCGCGAGCCCUCGCCUCCACUUCCUUGUUGCCGCUGUCGCGAUUGGAGCCGCCUCUCGCCCACCGCGGGGAGCGCGAGUGCGUCGGCAAGCCCCCUCGUCGAGCCCCUGGGCCGGGCGCCUCGGGGAAUGUGAGCCGCGCGGCUCGCACGCUCCUCCGGCCAUGGAUGCAUCGUAUGGUGGUACUGAGGUAACUGUCCUGAUGGAGGAAAUUGAGGAAGCCUACUGUUAUACCUCCCCUGGACCACCCAAGAAGAAGAAAAAAUAUAAAAUGCAUGGAGAAAAGGCCAAGAAACCCAGGUCGGCUUACCUUUUGUACUACUAUGACAUCUACCUGAAAGUGCAGCAGGAGCUCCCCCACCUCCCGCAGUCUGAGAUCAAUAAGAAGAUUAGUGAGAGUUGGAGGCUUCUCAGCGUGGCUGAGAGGAGUUACUACUUAGAGAAAGCCAAACUAGAGAAAGAAGGUUUGGAUCCUAACUCUAAGCUCUCUGCAUUGACUGCUGUGGUUCCAGACAUCCCGGGUUUCCGCAAGAUCCUCCCCCGCUCAGAUUACAUCAUCAUCCCCAAGAGCAGCCUGCAGGAGGACCGGAGCUGCCCUCAGCUAGAAUUAUGUGUGGCUCAGAACCAGAUGUCUGCUAAAGGACUUCCUCUUGUGUCUAGCACUGUCCCAGAAACAGUGUCCAGCCAUGCAGGCAUGGCAGAGCAGUGCCUGGCUGUGGAGGCUCUGACUGAGGAAGUGGGAACCCUUGCUCAGCCAGGUGCUGUACAGGAGAUCACUGCCUCAGAGAUCCUCAGCCAGGAUGUCCUCCUGGAAGAGACUUCCUUGGAGAUAGGGGAAAGUCACCAGCCUUACCAGACAAGCCUGGUAAUUGAAGAGACCUUAGUGAAUGGCUCACCAGACCUCCCCACUGGAAACCUGGCUGUACCCCACCCCCAGGUUGGGGAGAGUGUAUCAGUGGUAACAGUCAUGAGGGAUUCCAGUGAGAGUAGUUCCUCUGCACCAGCCACUCAGUUCAUCAUGCUGCCUCUGCCUGCCUACUCGGUUGUGGAGAACCCCACUUCCAUCAAACUGACCACUACAUACACCCGUCGGGGCCAUGGGACAUGCACCAGCCCAGGUUGCUCCUUCACAUAUGUCACUAGGCACAAACCACCUAAGUGCCCUACCUGUGGUAACUUCCUAGGAGGGAAGUGGAUCCCAAAGGAAAAGCCAGCCAAAGUCAAGGUGGAAUUGGCUUCAAGUGUCUCCUCCAAAGGUUCCGUGGUUAAAAGAAAUCAGCAGCCUAUCACCACUGAGCAAAAUUCCUCUAAGGAAAAUGCCUCCAAAUUGUCUCUGGAAAACUCGGAAGCCGUAAGCCAGCUCUUAAAUGUAACUCCUCCAAGAGAAGUAGGUGAGGAGAAUGAGUGGGAGGAAGUGAUUGUCUCCGAUGCUCAUGUUUUGGUCAAGGACACUCCUGGGAAUCGUGGUACAGCACCAGUUGCCAAGACUAGCGGGCAGCCUGAGGUCACUCUGGGGACAACUGAGAAUGACAGUCCUCGACCAGAUAUACCAACACCAGCCGAGGGGACCAGCAUCACCAGUCCACUCCCUGCUCCUAAAAAACCCACAGGAGUUGAUCUGCUCACCACAGGGCCCAGAGCCCCUGAGCUUAAAGGCAGAGCACGGGCCAAGCCCUCAUUGCUGGCUGCAGCAAGACCCAUGAGAGCAAUUUUGCCAGCCCCCGCUAAUGUGGGUCGAGGCAGCAGCAUGGGACUGCCCAGGGCCAGGCAGGCCUUCCCCUUGAGUGAUAAGACUCCCUCUGUGAGGACCUGUGGCCUGAAGCCAAGCACACUAAAGCAGCUAGGCCAGCCUAUCCAACAUCCAUCUGGCACUGGUGAGCUGAAGCUAUCAAGUGGCCCAAACAACAGGACGUCUCAGGUGAAAGUUGUAGAAGUCAAACCUGAUAUGUUUCCUCCAUAUAAAUACAGCUGUACUGUCACACUGGAUUUGGGCCUGGCUACAUCAAGAGGCCGGGGAAAGUGCAAGAAUCCGUCGUGUAGUUAUGUCUAUACCAACCGGCACAAACCUCGGAUUUGUCCCAGCUGUGGUUUUAACCUCGUCAAAGACAGGACCGAGAAAAGCACCAAGGCUAUUGAGGCAAGCUCACCACUCCCAAGUGUGCAGAGUGCCACAGAGCCCCUGAGCGUGGCCCAGAGGGAGAUCCAGCGACAGUCUACACUGCAGCUGCUGCGUAAAGUCCUGCAGAUUCCUGAGAAUGAGUCAGACCUGGCUGAGGUCUUCGCCCUGAUUCAUGAGCUCAACAGCUCUCGACUUAUCCUGUCCAACGUGAGUGAGGAGACAGUCACCAUAGAGCAAACCUCUUGGUCGAAUUAUUAUGAGUCUCCAUCCACGCAGUGCCUUCUCUGUAGCAGCCCAUUAUUCAAAGGGGAACAAAACUCCCUGGCUGGGCCCCAGGAGUGCUGGCUGCUGACAGCUAGCCGGCUGCAGGUGGUGACUGCCCAGGUGAAGAUGUGUCUGAACCCCCACUGUCUGGCCUUGCACAGCUUCAUGGACAUAUACACAGGUCUCUUUAAUGUGGGGAACAAGUUGCUAGUAAGCCUGGACUUGCUUUUUGCAAUCCGAAACCAGAUCAAGUUGGGAGAGGACCCCAGAGUGUCUGUCAGUGUUGUACUGAAGUCUGUGCAGGAGCAGACAGAGAAGACUCUAACCUCGGAGGAGCUAAGUCAGUUGCAAGAGCUGUUGUGCAAUGGCUAUUGGGCUUUUGAGUGCCUCACUGUCCGAGACUACAAUGACAUGAUCUGUGGCAUCUGUGGUGUGGCCCCGAAAGUGGAAAUGGCUCAGAGGAAUGAAGAGAAUGUACUGGCACUGAAAAGUGUGGAAUUCACCUGGCCUGAAUUCUUGGGCUCCAGUGAAGUGAACGUGGAAGACUUUUGGGCCACAAUGGAAACAGAGGUGAUUGAGCAGGUGGCAUUCCCUGCCAGCAUCCCUAUUACCAAGUUCGAUGCCUCUGUUAUUGCCCCCUUCUUUCCUCCACUCAUGAGAGGAGCUGUGGUCGUCAAUACUGAGAAAGACAAAAACCUGGAUGUGCAGCCAGUACCUGGCAAUGGCAGUGCCUUGGUGAGACUGCUCCAAGAGGGUACCUGCAAGCUUGAUGAGCUUGGUUCCUAUGGAGAAGAAGAGCUGCAGCACCUGCUGGGGCAAUGUGACAUCCCCUUUGGGGCAGAAGACUCCAGGGAUCAGCUCUGCUUCUCCUUAUUGGCCCUCUAUGAAUCUGUACAGAAUGGAGCCAGAGCUAGACAGCCCCCACCUCAUCUCACAGGAGGUAAACUCUACAAGGUGUGCCCCCAUCAGGUGGUCUGCGGCUCCAAGUACCUUGUUCGAGGUGAAAGUGCCCGUGACCAUGUGGAUCUCCUUGCCUCUUCCCGUCACUGGCCACCUGUCUACAUGGUAGAUAUGGCCACACCAGUGGCCCUGUGUGCUGACCUCUGCUACCCAGAGCUGACAAGCCAGAUGUGGGGAAGGAACCAGGGCUGUUUCUCUAGCCCUACAGAGCCACCAGUGAGCAUUUCUUGCCCUGAGCUCUUGGACCAGCAUUAUUCCGUGGACGUGACAGAGGCUGAACACUCUGUCCAGCACCCAGUCACCAAGACUACCACACGGCGUAUUGUCCACGCAGGCACACAGCCCAGUCCUGGUGACCCCAGUGCUGGGCAUCAUUCCUUGUCCCUGUGUCCUGAGUUGGCACCCUACGCAAGCAUCCUAGCCUCCAUCGUGGACAGCAAACCAAACAAUGUCCGCCAGCGGCCCAUUGCUUUUGACAAUGCCACCCACUAUUACCUCUACAACCGCCUGAUGGACUUCCUCACCAGCCGUGAGAUUGUCAACCGGCAGAUCCAGGACAUUGUGCAGAGCUGCCAGCCUGGAGAGGUGGUCAUUCGUGAUGCCCUCUACCGCCUUGGGGUUGCUCAGAUCAAGACAGAGACAGAGGAGGAGGGUGAGGAAGAGGAGGUGGCUGUAGUGGCAGAGUAAGCCAAGUUAUGGUACAGGGACUGCACCAUCUCUCUCAAGCCAUAAUAAGCCCCUUGCCCGAGGUAACCUUAUCCAGAGGACCUGCAGAAGCAGUCACCUGUGGGGAGGACCUCUGACUGCUGGGACUGACCAAAGAGCUUCCGUUUCCUAAGCAUGGUGGGGCCUAGGGUCCUCACUUCUUAAACUCCUGGGGGUCAGGAGAGGUGCCAGGAACCCCCUAACUGGCCCUGAGAGAGCACGUGGGGAACAUACUGUGUUUAGGGGAGGGAGGGUGGUUAAGGGAGGUUGGUAGCUGGUUCCCUGGGCACACUGCAGGUCAGGGAGGAGGACUUGGGGCGGGCUAAGGCAGGAAACCCACACCAGGUGGGAAAGCUGCUGAGCUCUCUUCUCACUGGAGGAACCUGGUGGUCCCAGCUGUACAGCCACAUGAGUUCCUUAGCCAUUGCCUUUGACUAGGGCUUCAGUGGUCUCAUUCACUCUAGGAGUCCCUUUGGGCUCUGGAUUCUCCCUCAAAGGAAAGGAGCUUUUUUCUCUGGCUCUUCUACAUCCACAUCUUGGGGAAGCUAAGGAGGCAGGAACAGUUAGCCACAGCUCUCUCCUGGAACUGUUGUCUACCCUGAGCUUUGGGGAAAAGACUCCCCUUCCUUCUUUCCCUGGCUACUACUGCUGUACUCUACAUCCUCCCUGGGUACUGGGACCCUCACCACAGAGAUGUGGUCCACGGUCCUGACCUAAUCUGGCAGUAGGAAAACUCCCUUCUGUGAAGGGGAAGCAGACAGGGCCAUCAGGAAACAGCAGGGCUGGCUCAGUGCCCAUAGUUUGCUUAGGGCCCAGGAAUUGGCCGAGUGUUACUUAAUUUAUUGAGAGGAGUGGAGUAGGUGGCUUUUUUCCCCUCUCUUCCCCCAACAAGAAUAAAGUUUAUUAAAUUAUCUGGUUUUGAUG